AUUGACUACGAGAUCGGAUUUCAAAUUCAAAACUACAUUGAAGAUUCAAGGUAGUCUUUCGGUUUAUUUUUAUUAUAAUCCUCUCUUGAAUCAGUAAAAUAUAGGUCUAAUCUUAUUUAUGAUUGUUACGAUAGCACUCCAAUGGUGAAGAUGGGCCUUACAACUACUGUAGUGGGAUCCUCAGUGUUAGCACCAAAGAUCGCCUCUUUCUCAUCUAGGGGGCCCAGCCCUUUCAACUCAACAAUUCUAAAGCCUGAUGUAGCUGCACCUGGCGUCAACAUCUUAGCAGCCAUCAACGACGGCUACGAAUUUCGAUCAGGAACAUCAAUGUCAUGCCCACAUGUUGCAGGAAUAGCUGCCCUUCUAAGAUCUCUACAUCCUAAUUGGUCUCCUGCGGCUAUAAAAUCUGCACUCGUUACUACAGCUUCCAUCACCGAUGAAUAUGGCCUACCAAUAACUGCUGAGGGUGCUCCACGGAAGCUCGCUGACCCGUUCGACUAUGGUGGGGGCCAUGUCAGCCCCAAUAAAGCUAUAGAUCCUGGUUUAAUUUAUGACAUAGAUGCGGCCGACUACUUCAAUUGGGUCAAUGGAUCCAUAUCAGACCUUAAUUUACCAUCAAUUUCAAUCCCCAGUCUUAAAACAAUUGUAACGGUCUCAAGGACAGUCACAAAUGUGGGACCCGUCAACUCCACAUACAUAGCUACGAUUCAAUCUCCCCCAGGUGUUAAGAUGGAUGUGACACCUUCAAUCCUUAUCUUUAAUAACACUGUCACCAAACAUUCGUUUAAAAUUACAUUCUCAACUAUUCGAAGAGUGCAAGGAGAUUACACCUUCGGCAGCCUGAUUUGGAGUGAUUACAAGCACUUAGUAAAGAUUCCCAUUGCCGUUAGGACCGUGAUUCAAGACUUCUAUGCAGAUGUCUCAUUGUGAUUUUCAAUAUAUGUAAAUUUAUCGUUUUUAAAAUUUCUUAAAUGGUGAUUAUAUGAUAUUUCAAUUUA